ACUCCGGGUGCGACCUGUUCGCACCGGCGGUGAUUUGUUCUCCACACGAGCGCAGAUCGCUUGAUUGCAAUCAGGAAAUGAUUGAAUGACGCCGAGGGAUCGGAAAACUCGAUCCCGUCGCUUUAAGGAGCAGCGGGGGCCAGAGAGAAGAGACGUUUAUUUUCCAGACGGGAUAAGUCCAGCGCGGACGGGGUUAAACGUGGACCGGAAGUAUUUCCCAGGCGCCUAUAAAGACACUUCCGGUGCGCUUGUUGAAAGAAACACACUUUGAAACAUUCAUGGCUUAACGUCAAGCAGAGAUACCACGACGCAGACAAACAGCAGCACAAGAUGAACUACGUACCGGGGACGGCCAGCCUCAUAGACGACAUCGACAAGAAGCACCUGGUGCUGCUCAGAGAUGGAAGAACACUGAUCGGGUUCCUCAGAAGCAUUGAUCAGUUUGCCAAUUUAGUUUUCCACCAGACAGUUGAGCGCAUCCACGUGGGAAAGAAAUUCGGUGACAUCCCCAGAGGAAUAUUCAUAGUUAGAGGAGAGAAUGUGGUCCUGCUGGGAGAGAUAGACAUGGAUAAACCCUGCGACACAGUCCUGCAGCAGGUUUCCAUCGAGGAGAUUUUGGAGGAGCAGCGGUUGCAGCAGCAAGCCAAACAGGAGACGGAGAAAGUCAAAAUGCAGGUCCUGAAGGACCGAGGCCUGUCCGUACCCAAAGCUGACAACUUGGACGAAUACUAACAGCAGCCUUUGUUUUUUUUGUUUUUUUUCACGAGCCAGUUUCUCAGUUUGUAUGGGACUCAUAAGUUUUAUUUUGAGAGAGCAUGACUGUUUGUGUUUUUUCUAUGUGUACACGGCUACAUCAUGUCAGGCCUAUUUCCUGUCGUGUACUGUAUGAAUUUAAUUUGAAUCGGUAGGAAGUGGAAAAAGACAAAUGUGUUGGGUGCUCUCAGUUUUGCAGAUCAUGAAGGCAAAAACGAUAAAUCCAUGUGUUUGAUCACUCUGUUGACAAUUUAGCAAUUAUGUUACAGUAGCACUUUCUAUCCAUGAUAUGGUUAGUUUUUUGAUUUGGAGAUAUGAUAUCCACAAAAAAGAACUACCUGCUGUGCUCCAUUAAAGAGUUCAGUUUUUCUUUAUGGAGGAUCUGCUUGGGGGAAAAACUGUGUCCACAUUUUGUUUUUCAUCACAGCGUUACAACGUUCAGUUUCACUCACUGUCAUAUUGAAUGUUUCACGAACAAAUGCUGGAAUAUUCAGGUAAAUGUGUGUCCUCAGCAGACAGUGGCCCUGUGGCCUUAUGUGAUGGCGCCACAGCCUCAUCAUGCAGACCACAGAGCUGCAACCAACUUCAGACUUAUUCCUCUAUUAGCAGAGAGGACAUCAUUCGUUUUGGUUUGAUUCAGUUAAGGCAGGAGGCAGAUCAGUGCAUCAUGUGCUGUUUAUAGAGAUAAGAGCGGCGCAGGAGGAAUUGAUCCCAUCUGCUCUCAUCAGUCAAUGAGCUUGUUAAUCAUUUGGUUGGUCUCUGAGUUCAUAUAAAACAGCCUCUGUUGGGUGGAGGGGAUCCGGCCUGUUAGUGAUGAUGCUGAGUGAAAAUUGCUCUCGUGGUACCACCGUUAUUCAAUGUAUGUUUGUUUUUUUACUUUGAACACUGAGCACUGUUCAGCAUCACUGAGAUGUCAAGACUUGUAAAGUUAUAUAACAAUUUCCGGCUCAACUUCACAAUAAAAGUCAUGCCUUAGGGAAACUAUA